GCCGAGGCGAAGGAGCGUCGUGUGCGGGGAGAUUAAGGGGCACCGAGCGCCACGGAGCGGGACCGCCUGUCUGGGAACUCAUUCAGGAGAAGCGAACAACUGCGGUGUUUUGGUUUUACGAGCCUCUUUUUCGGCCCGUAGCCGCCUCUUCUUUCCGUUCCGAGUGUUUCUACACACACGAGCGCGGCGCAAGCAUCGACGCGCGUGCCUGCCGUCAUGGCCGGAGUUGUGCGAGGCCCCGCGGGGAACAACGACUGUCGGAUUUACGUCGGAAACCUGCCUCCUGACAUCCGCACCAAAGACGUCGAGGAUGUCUUCUACAAGUACGGGACUAUCCGGGAUAUCGACCUGAAGAACAGAAGAGGCGGACCCCCGUUCGCCUUUAUUGAGUUCGAAGAUCCCAGGGACGCCGAUGACGCAGUGUACGGCCGCGAUGGUUACGACUACGAUGGCUACAGGCUGCGCGUGGAGUUUCCACGGAGCGGCCGAGGCUCCAGGGGCGGUUUUGGCGGGAUCGGUGGAGCCGCCAGAGGCAGAUAUGGACCCCCCUCCAGACGGUCUGAGUACAGGGUCAUUGUGUCAGGGCUCCCACAGAGUGGCAGCUGGCAGGACCUGAAGGACCACAUGCGUGAAGCCGGCGACGUUUGCUACGCUGAUGUUUACAGGGAUGGAACCGGAGUUGUAGAGUUUGUGCGCAAAGAAGAUAUGACCUAUGCCGUUCGAAAACUGGACAACACCAAAUUCCGCUCUCACGAGGGAGAGACCGCUUACAUUCGUGUGAAAUUAGACGGUCCCCGCAGCCCCAGUUACGGACGCUCACGCUCCCGCAGCCGAGGCAGCCGCAGCAGGAGUCGCAGCCGCAGCGCCAGCCGCAGUCGAAGCGAUUCCCGGGACCGCGGCAGAGGAUCUCCCCGCUACUCGCCACGUCAAAGCCGCUCCCGCUCCCGAUCCUAAGCCUUUGAUACGCUGUCCUGUGAUGUACACCCCGCUGUUUUUACCGCCUAUCAGUUUCUCCAGAUGUCAAGAGUUUUAAUUUUUUGCAUUUCAUUGUCCUAGUGUCCCUGUGUGUGAUAUUGGUAUUUAGCUGGACCCUCCUGCCCCCCUCUCUCUCUCUCUCCACCUCCUCUCCAACUGCUUUGUCCUUUUUUUGUUUUCCUCCUUCCCUUUAUUUUCGCCAGUAUAGGAACUGUUUUGAACUUCAAAAACGUUGAGUUGUCCGAGCCACUCAGUGUUUUUGCAAGUGUCCAAAUGAGCUGUUGUGUGCUUUUGUUUUGUUUUUACUAGCCCCUGGGUGGAUUUCUGAGGACGGGCUGUUUGGAUGAGGAACCCAAUAACUGUAUUUUACCCUUGUGUCUUCCUUUAGAAAACUGAAGAGAAGGAUUAAAGUGAUUUGGAAUAAAACCAUUGUGGAGCACAUUUCAUUUGUAUGGUCAGGAUAGGACACAAUUGAGGAGCGUUCAGGUCGAGGCAAUGGUACGCUUCCUAUUCCAUCAAUUGAUCCUUUUGCUUUUUGAUGCAUGUGAUGCAAGCUUUCAUUAACCCCUGUACUUUUGUUAGAGACUUUUUACCAUGUUAUCAGACUGGUGUAAACACAGUCCUAGACACAGUGUUGUGAUGUAAGUGUAAAGAUCUUUGGUGUCCAGUGUAAAAAAACAAAAAAAAAAAGUGCCCACUUAAGUAUCGGCUUUGGUUAAGUUCAGGAAGGUUUUUUUUUUGUGCUCGGUGGCUUUUUUUUUUUUUAUUAAGUUAGAGAAAAACAUGGAAAAAUUGGCCCAAAAUUUUGACGUUUUAUUCUAACGGUCUGCCUCUGAUUUUCUUCCUGGUAUUUCAAGGUUUUGAUUGGACGAGUGGAUCCCAAUCCGUGGAGCUGGAUGAGUGGAUCGAUUAGGAAAGGGAUAGGCAAGGAUGGAUGCUCGGAACGGGAUCAGUUUUCCAGGAGUCAAAUUUUGUUUUCAGAACUAAUUAAAAGGAGUCCCGGAGCAACCUUUUUUUUUUUUCUCUCUCUCUUCCCCCCACCCCCCACCCUGCCUAUCUUACGUUUUUGAGAGAUAAUGGCUUUACUUACAAGAAAACAGAGGACCAGGAAGUUGGAUCAAAGGAUGGAAUCGUAGAUGCCUGGUAUGGGGGAAAUGGAAAUGUUGGGUGGGGGGGUAUCAUUUGGGGAUGUAGUUUGUAUCUAUUUUGCUUAAUCUGACUUUUUCUCUCUUAGCAUUUUCAAUAAAAACAAAACAA